UAGUUUAUAGUUUAAAUAAUUGAAAAUAAAAGUUUACAAAUAAGUGGAAUCUAGUGUAAACAAAUUACUCUAAAAAUGGUAGAAAUAAGUUGACGUGUAAGUUGUGUUAAAUUAAGUUUUCCAAAAAUAAUAUCUGUAGAAGAUGAGUAUGGAAGAGAAAUUAAAAUAUUCACUCCUACGCGGUGAACUGACAGAUAAUCAAAGCAUAUGGACUCGGCAUGAGAAACGUGUCUGGUUUUUAACAUUAAUUACUGGAACAUGUAUGUUGUAUUCAACGCGUACGACAAUGCCGUUGCUGGUGCCUGCAGUUGCAGCCGAGCAGAAAUGGACCAAAACAGACUCAGGAACUGUACUGAGUUCAUUUUUUUGGGGAUACACCUUAACGCAGGUUGUUGGCGGAUAUUUCAGCGAUCGGUUUGGUGGUCAGAAAGUUAUUUUAUUUGCCGCAAUUGGAUGGUCACUAAUAACAUUCUUUAUGCCAAACAUAAUAUGGUGGGCACCUGAAAUCAAAACGUAUUCCAUACCCUUUAUAGUAACAAUACGCAUCAUAAAUGGCGCCUUUCAGGGUGUACAUUUUCCAAGCAUGAUUAGUUUAACUAGUCAGAAUCUUUGCUCAAAUGAACGCACAAGUUUUUUUGGACUUCUCACUGCCGGUUCUGCCAUGGGCACACUGCUUACCGGUAUAUUGGGUUCCUUUGUUUUAGAUUACUUUGGUUGGUCAUAUGUGUUUCGAGUAAUUGGUUUCCUUGGCAUUUCUUGGGCUUUAAUAUUGCGGUAUUACGCAAUGGCAGGCGAACGGAGUCGUAUUAUAAAUGUUUCUGCACCAGCGAGACUAUGUACCAAUAAAGCAAUUGAUACUGUGCCGUGGUUGCGCUACUUUAGACGUUUAUCAUUUUGGGCGUGUGUUCUAACGCAUGCAUGCGAAAUGAAUUGCUUUUUUGUGCUUCUAUCGUGGUUACCAACAUAUUUUCAUGAUGGAUUUCCGCAUGCCAAAGGUUGGAUUGUAAAUAUGAUACCUUGGUUAGCGCUACCACCCUGCACAUUCUUUGCCAAAUACCUCACUGGACGAUUGCUGACACGCGAGUGGUCCACUUCGUCCGUGCGUAAAAUUAUACAAAGCUGCUGCUUUGCCGCACAAAAUCUCGCACUUUUCAUCAUGAGCCGUACCAAUAGCUUUUCCACUGCUUUAAUAUGCAUGACAGUCAUAAUUGGUGGUACAGGCUUCCAUAACAAUGCAGUGACUGUGAAUCCUCAAGACUUAGCACCUUCCCAUUCGGGUAGUGUAUUUGGACUAAUGAAUACGGUGGGAGCAGUGCCUGGUUUUCUAGGUGUUUAUCUUGCUGGUCAUAUACUGGAAGUGACGCAAAGUUGGCCUACUGUUUUUAGUGCUGCCGCUGGUAUUAACCUCAUUGGAUGGGCAAUAUUUGUUAUAUUUGGUUCAGCAGAAGCAAUUGUGUGAUUUUAUAUAAGCAAGCAUCGUGUAUUAGACAAGUUCCAUUGCUAUAUUAAUUAAACAUUUCCAUAAGUAAAAUUCUCCGUUGACUUAACAUUAGAAAUGUGUACUAUAUUUUAAUUAGGUAAUUUAUUAAUUAUUUUGUAAAAUAUAUUGUGUGUACAUAUAUACUUAAUAUGUAAUCAGGUUUAUUAAUUUUAAUAAAAGUGAUAUACACAUAAAUCAAAUAAUAAUUUAUUUAUUGUCAUAUGCCAUCAUUCUGCAGACUCUGAUAUAUGAUCGUAACCCCACAAAUAUUAAUGCAUUAUAUUGGUAU